AACAGACAUCAUUGCAAGGCAACCAAAGCAGUGAGUGUGAUUUUUUUGUUGGUCAAGACAAGGUAGUUAAAAAGGGGUUCUUGGGCCAGACCCACCAUUCCGGUCACUCCGAGAUAAAGGAAUUACAGCUCAGCUCAGGCUCCACUGAUCUCGGAUGCUCAUCCAUCACCAAGUCUCUCAAGCCCUUGUACAGCUACUGCAACUGAAACUCUCACACUAACAUGGAGGAAAUCGUCAUAGCGGGGAUUUCAGGUCGUCUUCCAGAAUCGGACAAUUUGGAAGAAUUCUGGCAGAACCUUUUCAAUGGAGUCGACAUGGUCACAGAAGAUGACAGGAGGUGGAAGCCAGGUCUGUAUGGUCUUCCUCGCAGAAAUGGAAAACUAAAAGAAAUAGACAGAUUUGAUGCACCCUUCUUUGGCGUGCAUCCCAAACAAGCACACACCAUGGACCCACAACUGAGGCUUAUGCUAGAGAUAUCAUACGAGGCCAUCGUUGAUGGAGGCAUAAACCCCACAUCCAUGCGUGGAACUAACACUGGAGUUUACAUUGGUGUGAGUGGUUCUGAGGCAGGUGAGGCCUUCAGUAAAGAUCCAGAAGAGCUGCUGGGAUACAGCAUGACCGGCUGCCAACGCGCCAUGUUCGCCAAUCGCCUCUCUUACUUUUUCGACUUCAAUGGCCCCAGCACAGCCAUUGACACAGCGUGUUCUUCCAGUCUCCUGGCUCUGGAGAACGCCUUCAACGCUAUCCGGCAUGGUCAGUGUGAUGCAGCGCUUGUAGGGGGAGUUAACUUGUUGCUCAAACCCAACACCUCAGUGCAGUUCAUGAAACUGGGCAUGCUCAGUCCUGAUGGAGCCUGCAAGUCUUUUGAUGAAUCAGGAAAUGGGUACUGUCGCUCAGAAGCUGCUGUGGCUGUACUCCUCACUAAGAAAUCCAUGGCCAAGAGAGUCUAUGCUACUGUGCUCAAUGCAGGCAACAACACAGAUGGCUAUAAAGAACAAGGUGUAACGUUUCCUUCAGGGGACAUGCAGCAGCGCCUUGUCCGCUCCCUCUAUCAAGAGUCCAACAUCUCCCCAGAGCAGGUUGAAUAUGUUGAGGCCCAUGGCACUGGCACCAAGGUUGGGGACCCACAAGAAGUGAAUGGCAUUGUCAGUGUGUUCUGUCAGUCAAAGCGUGAACCUUUGCUUAUAGGAUCCACCAAAUCCAACAUGGGCCAUCCCGAGCCUGCCUCGGGGCUUGCUGCCCUUGCAAAAGUGCUCUUGUCGCUAGAACACGGUAUGUGGGCUCCCAACAUCCACUUCCACAGCCCCAACCCAGACAUCCCAGCACUCUUAGAUGGUCGUGUGCGUGUGGUGGCUGAGCCCAUUCCCGUGCGCGGAGGCAUUGUAGGCAUCAACUCGUUUGGGUUUGGAGGCUCGAAUGUCCAUGUUAUCCUGCGCCCGCCUGGGCCCAAACUGACGACUCCAGUUUCACCAGCAUCUGUGCCGAGGAUUGUGCAGGUAUGUGGGCGGACUGAAGAGGCUGCUACCUUUCUCCUGAAUAAAGCCCAUGAACACGGACACGACUCGGCCUUCCUGGACCUGCUCAGUGAGGUGUGUGCUGUUCCCACCUCAGCCAUGCCCUACAGGGGUUACACACUACUGGGAGCACAAGGCGAAGUUAGAGAGGUGCAGCAGGCUGCACCUUCCUCCAGGCCCCUCUGGUUUAUCUGCUCUGGUAUGGGUACACAGUGGGCCGGUAUGGGCCGUACCCUAAUGCAGCUGCAGGAGUUCAGAGAGUCCAUCGAGCGCUCAGACGUGGCUUUGAAAGACACAGGGCUGUGUGUGUCACGCCUGCUCAUGGAGGCUGAUGAAAACACCUUUGAGGACACAGUCCAUGCAUUUGUGGGCCUUGCAGCCAUUCAGAUUGCACAGAUAGACAUGCUGCAGAAGAUGGGCCUCCAGCCGGAUGGCAUUGUGGGUCAUUCUGUCGGAGAGCUGGCAUGUGGCUACGCCGAUGGCUCCCUCAGCCACACCGAGGCCAUCCUGGCUGCCUACUGGAGAGGAAAGUGCAUCAAAGAAGCCAACCUGCCAGCAGGUGGCAUGGCAGCAGUGGGUCUGACCUGGGAAGAGUGUAAGGCUCAGUGUCCACAGGGAGUGGUCCCAGCCUGCCACAACGCAGAGGACACGGUCACUAUCUCAGGGCCACAGGAUGCAGUCAGCAAAUUUGUCGCUGAGCUUAAAGAGAACGGUGUGUUUGCCAAAGAAGUGCGCAGUGCCGGUGUCGCAUUUCAUUCCUAUUACAUGGCCUCCAUUGCUCCUGCUCUGCUGGCUGCUCUGCAGAAGGUGAUAAAAAGCCCAUGUCCUCGCUCUCCCCGCUGGAUCAGCACGUCCAUCCCCCAGUCAGAGUGGGACAGCCCUCUGGCCCUCUACUCCUCAGCUGAAUAUCACGUAAACAACCUGGUGAGCCCUGUACUCUUCCAGGAGGGCCUGAGCCUCAUUCCUGACAACGCUGUGGUGGUGGAGAUAGCUCCACACGCUCUACUGCAGGCCAUUCUGAAGCGCAGCCUCAAGCCCACUUGUUCCAUUUUGCCCUUGAUGAAGAGGGGACAUGCCAACAACCUGGAGUUCUUUCUUUCUCACAUAGGCAAGCUCUACAUGAAUGGUAUUAAUGUGGACAGUAAGCAGCUGUAUCCAGCUGUGGAGUACCCUGUUCCACUGGGGACCCCCCUCAUCUCCCCUCUUAUCAAGUGGGACCACUCCCAGAGCUGGGAUGUGCCCAAGGUGGAGGAUUUCCCAGCAGGAUCUGGAGGCUCCACCUCAGCUACUGUGUACAACAUUGAUAUUAACCCUGAGUCUCCAGACUACUACAUGGUUGGGCACUGUAUUGAUGGGCGGGUCUUGUAUCCAGCCACGGGUUACCUGGUGCUGGCAUGGAGGACACUGAUGAGGAGUUUAGGCACUGUUAUGGAACACACCCCAGUUACUUUUGAGGAUGUCACCAUCCAUAGAGCCACCAUUCUACCCAAGACCGGAUCGGUCCAGUUGGAGGUUCGUCUCAUGCCCGCCACCAACCGCUUUGAGGUGUCUGAGAAUGGCAACCUGGCAGUCAGUGGUAAGGUGAGUGUGUUGGAGGAGGCAGCUUUGGAUUCUUUCCACUCUCAGAUGGCUGAGCCUGUGACAACAGAGCCAGAGGAACCGAAACUGCGUCUGAAAGCUGGAGACAUCUACAAAGAGCUGCGUCUUCGUGGAUAUGACUAUGGCAAAACCUUCCAAGGCAUUCUGGAGUCCAACAACGCUGGUGAACAUGGGAAGCUGCAGUGGACAGGAAACUGGGUGACGUUUCUGGACACCAUGCUGCAGAUGAUUGUGCUGGGCCUGCCUGGGCGAAGCCUGCGCCUCCCAACACGUAUUCGUUCUGUGUGUGUAGAUCCAACAUUACAUGAGAAAAGAGUUCAGGAUUACUCUGAGGAUAGGAAAGCCAUUGAUGUCCAUGUGAACCGCUGCCUGGACAACAUUACGGCAGGCGGAGUUCAGAUCUGUGGCCUCCAUGCCACAGUGGCACCCCGUCGCCAACAGCAACAGACCCCACCCACCCUGGAGGAGUUUGUCUUUGUGCCCCUGGUGGACAAUGAGUGCCUGGUAUCCAGUCAAAAACUAGCAGAGCAGCUCAGACAAAGCAAAGGUCUGAUUAACCAUCUCCAGAGGAAGUUGGCCAGGCAAGGAGUGAAGAUUUCCAUCCCAGGGCUAGAUAAUGUACAAGAGGACCAGCUGAUUGAUGCAGAGAGAGAGAGUGGCCUGUUACGGCUGCUGUCAGUACUCUGCGAUCUGGAAUUUAAUGGGAAUCUGUACUCGGAGCUGGAGCAGACAGUGCAGAAGGAGAGGGAAUGUCUGCUGCAGGAUUCUCUCCUUAAUGGCUUGCUAGACUCGCAUGCGCUGCGGCACUGCCUCGACGCAGCGCUGGAGAACUCCACUCCUGGCAAACUCAAAGUUCUGGAGGCCCUCUCCAGCGAUGGCCGAGUGUUUUCCCGGGCCGUCAGCCUCCUGAACAUUCAGCCCAUGUUGCGUCUGGACUACACGGCCUCUGAUGUGAGCACAGAGCUGCUCUCAGCCCAGCAGAGCUCUCUGGAGGAGCAGGGUGUCUCAACCGCUCAGUGGGAUCCUCUGCACGGCACAGCCACGGGCAGCCUAGGGGACGCUGACCUAGUGGUGUGUAACUGUGCCCCGGGGCCUAUUUCAAACCCAUCAGCUCUGCUGGAAAACCUGACAUCAGCUGCCAGGGAGGGCGGCUUUGUUCUGUUACACACCCUGCUGAAGGGAAACACGCUGGGCGAGACAGUGUCCUUCCUCACUUCUCUGGACAAUCAGAUCAGCCUCCUCACUCAGGCGGAAUGGGAGAAGCUGUUUGAAAAGUUCUCUCUUAACAUGGUCAUGGUGAAGAAAUCUUUCUACGGCUCAGUUCUCUUCCUUGGCAGAAGGAAGAUUCCUGAGAAACAGCCUAUUACACUGUCUGUGGACUCCACUGAUUACGAAUGGGUAGAGACUCUGAAGAGCCAGCUGGCUGAGAUUUCAGAUAAUCCAAUAUGGCUGACGGCCACUCAAGGCCAUAAUGGAGUGGUGGGGAUGGUCAACUGCCUGAGACAGGAGCCUGGAGGCAACCGCAUCCGGUGUGCAUUUGUGUCUAACCUGAAGAAGUCCUCGGCAACUCCUUUUCUCCAGCUUUCCCAUAAGGACAUGCAGGCAGUGGUGCAGAGGGACCUGAGCAUAAACGUGUACCGGGAUGGACAGUGGGGGAUGUUGAGACACCAGCUAAUCACACAAGAUUUGAAUGAGGAGCUGACUGAGCAGGCCUAUGUGAAUGUCCUGACUCGUGGUGAUCUGUCCUCACUACGCUGGAUCGCGUCCCCUCUGCGCCACUUUGUUUCCUCCAGCCCUAACGUGCAGCUUUGCACUGUCUACUAUGCCUCACUCAACUUCAGAGACAUCAUGCUGGCUACAGGCAAACUUCCCCCAGAUGCUAUCCCAGGAGACAUAGCACUCCAGCAAUGCAUGCUGGGAAUGGAAUUCUCAGGCAGGGACCCUAGUGGGCGUCGCGUGAUGGGUCUCCUGCCCGCUAAAGGUCUGGCCACCUGUGUGGAUGCUGACAAACGUUUCCUUUGGGAUGUCCCAUCCAGCUGGACACUGGAGCAGGCUGCCUCAGUCCCUGUGGUCUACGCUACAGCUUAUUACUCCAUGGUGGUGCGUGGGCGUCUGAGGCCUGGUGAGAGUGUGCUCAUCCACUCGGGCUCUGGAGGAGUGGGCCAAGCUGCUAUUGCAAUCGCACUCAGCAUGAACUGCAGAGUCUUCACUACAGUGGGUUCCAAAGAGAAGAGGGCCUACCUGCAGGAACGAUUCCCACAGCUCACUGCAGCAUCAUUUGCUAAUUCAAGAGAUGCCUCAUUUGAGCAGCAUGUGCUGAAACACACACAGGGCAAAGGAGUUGAUGUGGUUCUGAACUCCUUGGCUGAGGAGAAGCUGCAGGCCAGCUUACGCUGUUUGGCCAGGCAUGGGCGCUUCCUGGAGAUUGGCAAAUAUGACCUCUCAAACAACACCCCUCUGGGCAUGGCUCUUUUCCUGAAGAAUGUGGCCUUCCACGGGAUCCUGCUGGAUGCUUUGUUUGAGGAGGGUAAUCGCGAGUGGGAAGAGGUGUCCUCGCUGCUGAAGAGGGGCAUUGCGGAGGGAGUGGUGCAGCCGCUGCGCACUACUGUUUUUGAAAGAAAUCAGGUGGAGGACGCAUUCCGCUACAUGGCUCAAGGCAAACACAUCGGCAAAGUGCUGCUGCAGGUGCGUGAGGAAGAGGUUAGUGGUGUGCGAACAGCUGCUCCUCUCGCACUCGCUGCUAUAUGCCGGACUUUCUGUCCUGCUUCACACUCUUACAUCAUCACAGGAGGUCUGGGAGGCUUUGGACUGGAGCUGGCUCACUGGCUCACUGAGAGAGGAGCUCGCAAACUGGUGCUCACAUCUCGCUCUGGCAUUCGCAACGGUUACCAGGCCAAGCGUGUGCGAGAGUGGCAAGCUGCGGGCAUCCAGGUGCAUGUGUCUACGAGUGAUGUUAGCACCCUGGAAGGGACCGAGCGUCUCAUCACCGAAGCCCGCCAGUUGGGCCCUGUUGGAGGCAUCUUCCACCUUGCAAUGGUUUUGCAAGAUGGCAUGCUUGAGAAUCUGACACCUAAGCAGUUUAUUGAAGUCAACAAGCCUAAAUAUGAUGGAACCCUCCACUUAGACAGAGUGACGAGGCAGAAGUGUCCCGAGCUGCAGCACUUUGUGGUUUUCUCCUCGGUGAGCUGUGGCCGUGGCAAUGCUGGUCAGAGCAACUACGGCUUCGCCAACUCCACCAUGGAACGAGUGUGUGAGCAGCGUCGUCACGACAAUCUGCCAGGUCUGGCUGUCCAGUGGGGUGCUAUCGGUGAUGUGGGUGUAGUCUUAGAGACCAUGGGCGGGAACGAUGCUGUGAUUGGCGGCACGUUGCCCCAGCGUAUGGCCUCCUGCCUGGAGGUGCUGGACCGUUUCCUGUCCCAGCAGCGGGCUGUCAUGUCGAGCUUCGUGCUAGCAGAAAGGGUGCAGGUGUCUAAGGGGGAAGGCAGUGGGCAGAGGGACCUAGUGGAGACAGUGGCUCACAUUCUAGGUGUGCGUGACGUAAGCAACCUGAAUCCUGACGCCUCAUUGGCUGAUCUGGGUCUGGACUCACUGAUGGGUGUGGAGGUGAGGCAGACACUAGAGAGAGACUACGACAUUGUCAUGGCGAUGAGAGAUAUCCGACAGCUCACCAUCAACAAACUGCGUGAGAUGUCCCACAAAUCAGGAGGCUCUGGGGCAGUUAAGUCAUCUGAGGGGAAGCGUCCUGGAGCUCAGGCUUUGCUGGAUUCUGAUCUCAGUGGGAUGCUGGUAAAUCCGGAUGGUCCCACAGUGACACUUUUGAACGAGGUGAAGAGUACAGAAAAGCCGCUGUUCCUCGUUCACCCUAUCGAGGGCUCUACUGCUGCCUUCUGCGCUCUCACUGCCAAACUCAGUGUGCCAUGCUAUGGACUGCAGUGCACCAAAGCCGCACCGUUGGACAGUAUUCAGAACCUGGCUACCUAUUACGUGCAGUGUGUGAGGCAGACGCAGCCGGAGGGGCCGUACCGCAUCGCUGGCUACUCCUUUGGUGCCUGUGUGGCUUUCGAGAUGUGCUCUCAGCUACAGGAAGCGCAGUGCCCUGUGGAAUACCUCUUCCUUUUUGACGGCUCCCAUUCUUAUGUGGCAGCAUAUACACAGAGCUACAGGGCCAAGCUGACCCCUGGCAAUGAGUCUGAGGCCGAGACUGAGGCAUUGUGUGCUUUCAUCCAGCAGUUCACCAGCAUUGAGUACAACAAGCUCUUGGAGAUGUUGCUGCCUUUGAAAGAUCUGGAGGCUCGAGUAAACCAUGCGGUGGAUCUGAUCACAUCCAGCCAUAAGGGCAUUAAUCGUGACUCUCUCCUCUUCGCUGCCUCCUCAUUCUACUACAAACUGAAGGCUGCUGACUGCUACGUCCCAUCUACCAAAUACCACGGCAACAUCACCCUGCUGAGGGCCAAAGCCAGCAGUGACUACGGAGACGGACUAGGAGCUGACUACAAACUGCAUGAGGUGUGUGAUGGGAAGGUUUCAGUUCACGUGAUCGAUGGUGACCAUCGUACCUUCCUGCAGGGAGCGGGAGUGGAGUCCAUCACGAGCAUCAUGCACAGCUCGCUAGCAGAGCCGCGUGUUAGCAUCAGAGAGGGUUAAACUCAAUCCCUUUAUUCCAAGCUGUCAUUCUCUCUUUCCUUCCUCCUUUUUUUUCCUCACUGACCAACCAUAACACAGUCUGCACUAAUCUAAUCUUAUCCUGCAUGAGAGAAAGCAGAAAGUAUUUGGCCUCCAAUACAUAAUACAUACUCUAUAUACUGUCCUGAUGCCCAAUUUUUUUAUGCUGAGAAUGUAUCUUUUUUUUAUCAGCCAUGUUCUGAUGUCCAGAGUUUCUUAUUCUUUAUUUUUAUGUUGUUGUACUGAGAAAAUAAUUUUAAGUGUCACGUUAUCUUGCAAUAUCUAUGCAGUAUCGUGACACUCGGUAUUGCCUAGAUACUAGUGCUAAUGCUAAUCAACUUUGAUGGUCUUCUAAAGGGUACAGAGGCUUCAUAAACCUACUGAUCAGCUCAUACCAGUUCAUAAUUAUCCUGUAAGCAAAUGCUCUUCAUAAACCUAAUGAUGCAGACACGUACAUACGUUCAAAUUUACAAGAUGAUUCCAAAAGUUACUAAUGUUCAAGUUACCAGUAUUAACACCUUAAUUUUUUUUUUUGCCUGUUGUUGUCUUAAUUCUGGUGUUAAUGUCUGGUGCAACAGUUAUGCUCCUGCUGGUUAUACAAGGAGGAAAAAAUGUGUGUUUCGCAUCAGAGCCGGAGCCAUGAUUAUACAAAAAGCACUUAUGGACGAAUACAAGUUUGACAUUUUGAAUGUGAAAGUUAGAAUUGUGUACACAUAUUCACUGAAAAGAAAGACCUACCUGACACUGAUGUGGAACACAAUUUUUCUUCAUUCAAGAUAAUCUUUACUAAUGCUACUGUAUUUUGUAAAAUUGAAUGCUGCUUCUGUGCUUAUCUGUAUAACGACAGGCAAAUAAGUGAAAUUUUUAUGUGUUUUUUGUUUACCUUCCAAUGGAUUAUACCAAGAUUGCUUCUUUCCUUAGAUACAGUUACAAGAUGUUUGUGCCUCUGUGAUGUCUCUUGAUUCCAAAAUGCUCAGCAUUUAAUCAGCAGUGUGUGCCAGCAUUGGUAGAUAGAUAGUUAUAGUGCAAUAUGUGUGUUUUCUUUGUGGCUAGGUCCACAGUUUACCCCAAACUCGAAGAGUUUCUUUUUUUCCAUGUGGUGUUAGAAUGAAGGGUUUUAUUCAGUACUGGACUGAAAUACUGGUCAUACGAAUGAGCCCUGAUGGUUUCCCUGCUUCAUUUGGAAUGAAGAAAGGCAACACAUUCAGAGAGCAACUCUCUGGAGAUUAUCUGAGACUCCUCUCCAAGUCUAUGACGAACUGGAUGCCUUCUCUGAUGUUGUGCUUAGUGCACAGAUGAUCGAUGUGGCGUUGUUAUAUAUAAUGUUAUUAUGAUUUUGUUUUUGUGUAAUUUUUCAAGUAUUUAUUUAGUAGUCCAAAUAAAGAACCAUCACUAAUA